AUGGCGUUCCCCGCCAUCCAAGGCACGAAGUACAACUGCCCACAGGGGUGGGUCCGCGUCCCACACAUGCAAGUCGAGGUCUAUUGGAACACGCCGGCAUUCAAGGGCCGCUGGCAUCAGGGCCAGGGCACUCAGCCAUUUGUCCUAUCCAACGGGGAUGUUUCUGGCUACAGCUCUCACGCGGACUUUCUAGCGGCGUGGGAUGAGAACGUACUCCAGAAUGUCAUCAACACCUGCAAUGUGGGGUUUGGGGGCAUUCACUCUUGCCCGGGUGUUACGCCAAGUACCAUUGAUAACUGCAGGAGUGAGCACAGUCCGCUCAUGGACGAAGAUCUCACAGGGGCUCUCGAUACAUUGCCUGGCGACAGGCCACUCGAGGGAUGGGGCUUGUGA